CCCUACUUUAACCCCAAUGUAAGUUGAAAUUCAACUUGGGUUACAUUAUCGUCGGCGUAUGACGCAUGGAUCGACAACGGAUGCUUUGAUUUCCGUAAUGUAUUGGUAUUCUGGAGCGAUGAUCGCGAGCCCAGCAAUUAGAGGCUUGAAGGCGGUGAGCUGAAAGAGUUUCAUCUAGGAAAUGGAAUUCAUCCUUGUUGGACCCUCUCCUGAUGCAGCUGCUGAAGCUUGAGUACCGAGGGUAUGCGAUCAACAUGUGCUAGUUUGACUGACAUUUCGUUCAUGGAAUUGUUUUUGCUCAUGCAAUUGCGGGGUACUCCACGAAAGUAUCAAUUUUUUUCUUCUGAAUUUUUGAAUCUCACGUAUUGACUUUGUUUACUCAACUAUCUCACGAUGUUGUGUCUACCCUCAUUCGGCUUCCGCUCCAUUGGCACUGGAGUGGCAUUGACUCUCCUCAUCCUCAUCAUCUACAAAAUCAUCACAUCCAAGCUCAAUGCCCGAAAAUACAGAACAGAAUCCGCCCAGCGCGGUUGCGCUCCAGCACCAACACUUCACAGCAACAACCUCCUCGGCACCUCGCGCCUCAAAGAAUCAAUCAAGGCGACAAAAGAGGAUCGGGGGCCUCAAUAUGUUGUCUCAGCUAUGAACGAAGUAGGACACAACAUCCACACCGUCCGCGUCCCUAUCCUCGAUUAUGAACUGCUGGUUACUCGAGACCCGGAGAACGUGAAAGCUAUGUUCAGCACCCAAUCAGGCGAAUACGACAUCAGCGCCACGCGCUCGAGUGCUUUCAUGCCAUUACUAGGAGAAGGAAUCUUUACCAGCACAGGGCAACAAUGGAAGCACUCUCGAGCUCUAGUCCGACCUCAAUUCUCCCGAGAAGAGAUCUCCAAUCUCGACCUUGUGGAACGACAUGUGCGAACACUCAUGCGAGUCCUGUCAGUCAACGAGAAAGGGUGGACGGAAACGGUAGAUCUCCAGCCUCUGAUGUUCUACUUCACCCUCGACACCGCGACCGAGUUCUUGUACGGCCAAUCCGUCAACUCGCAAGCCGCUAUUGCCGGUCUGGAAAGUAGCAAGAACGGCAUCGAUGGCGCGGCAUUCAGCCACCACUUCGGCGCCGCGAAACACCUCGUCGAUAAACGCGGUGCAUUGGGGAAGUUCUUCUGGCUCAUGCCAAUGGGCGAGAUGAAGAUGCACUGUAAAGCCAUCCACGAGGUAAUCGACAAAAUGAUUUCAGACCGUCUGGACAACAAAAAAAAUCCUCUGUCUAUGGAAGAAAAAGGAACGCGGAAAUUCGUCCUACUAGACGAACUUGCCAAAGAAACCCAAGAUCUGAAAGAAUUAAGAAACGAAACGCUCCACACCUUGAUGGCUGGUCGGGACCCCACCGGCGCCCUGCUGGGCUGGGUAUGGUAUUUCCUCGCCCGACAUCCAGCCAUCUUCUCAAAACUAAGGAAAAUCGUACUCAACCAGUUCGGGACCUCGGCUAGCAAUCCCAUCACCGAUUUCGGAGACUUGAGGAGAUGCGACUACUUGCAAUGGGUGAUUCAUGAAGUGAUUCGGAUCGUGGCUAUCAUUCCCAUGAACGAGCGUGUUGCGCUUAAAGAUACUACUUUGCCGAGAGGCGGAGGCGAGGAUGGGAGUAAGCCGAUCUUUGUCAGGAAGGGGAUCCAGGUUUUGAUUCCGUUGUAUGCGAUUCAGCAUCGACCUGAUAUUUGGGGUCAGGAUGCGGAGGAUUUUAGACCGGAGAGAUGGCAGGGACGGAGGAUUGGGUGGGAGUGGAUUCCUUUUGGAGGGGGAGCGAGGAAGUGUCUUGGUCAGCAAUUCGCGUUCACAGAAGCUAGCUAUUGUAUUGUGAGAAUGCUGCAGAGGUUCGAUGUUGUGGAGAACAUGGAAGGUCCGGGAGAAAUCAAGCUACACACUGCGAUUGAGAAUAGAAGUGGAACUGGGGUCAAAGUGAGGUUUCAUGAAGUUCGAAAGUAAGCUAUUGAAGAGAGGUUGUUAUGCAUUCAAGCGUCAUGAAUAUAUAUCCUGCAGCUAGUACACGCAUGUCUUCGUACAUAAUGUAAUGUUUCCCUAAACGAUUUGUUUGCAC